GAGAGAGAGAGAGAGACAUUUACUUUCAGAAAAACAAGAAAACGGGUUAUAUCAGCAUUUGCAAGGUGAUGGGCACUCUCUGAGGUUGUUCCACUCUUGAUGUUUCUUUUGGCUGUUCAGAGUUCCAGUGAGGCAGAAAGAACCUGUUACAGAAAAGAACAAAUUUUCCUAUCUCAUUCACAAUUCUUCUCAGUGAGAUUGCCUAAAUGACAACUGGGUUUUAUUUAUCUUGUUGUGUGGUGUGAUUAUUACCCCAUUCUACUCUUCCACAUCUGGUUUUUUUUAUAUCUCUUCAAGUUCCACCGAUAUCUAUAAGAAAAAAACAAACUUCUUUACCAACAUGGAGACAAAGGUUGGACCACUUAGUAUUCUCAAACAUAGUGCUUGGUUGGAGCUUGUUCGUUGAGUUAUGAACUGGGUCUCAUGCAAGUUUUUUCCUUUAGGUUGGGUUCUGUUGAUGAAAAUAUCAUAAAGCAUCAAUCUUUAUGAGGUUUGAGGGCUUGGAUUGCUGAAAGAAAUUUUGGGUUUGCUUCAAUUUUGCUUAGGAGUUAAAAGAUUCACGGUGGGGGUGCUUGGUGGUCCAGUUUAUUUAAUGUUCUGUUGAAGCCGGGGCUUACCUUGAAUCUUCUGUGAAGGAUGUCUGUGAAUCGAAGACUUUCUGGUUCAAAUGGAAGAUUGCCACCAAGUAUGAAGUCUUGGAAGGCAAAUGAGCCUCUGCAUGAGUCUAAUUCUUCUAAAACAUGUAGAAGGAAGCCGUUGCUCCUCUGGGUUUUUGGGUUUGUUGCUAUAGGGAGUGUUUGGUUUAUCUUGAGUUUCAAUAGUAACGAAGCAGCUUGUGAAGAUAGAGAAAGAAUAUUGCUUCAACGUUACAAUGUCAGUAGGAAGCAGCUUCAUGCUUUGGCUUCCUUGUUCUCUGGAUCAGAUCAGAUUUUAUCAUCCAACUGUAUUGAUGAAAGAAGACUUCAAAUGCUGUUAAGCAGUGGCAUAGUGAGCACUCCACAGUUAAUUUGUCCAGAGAAUCAGGAGUUACAAAAGGAGCAUAGAUGUGUUGCAGAGAUUGUAGAACCUGUUGAACAAUGCCCAAUUGUCGACGAUAAUGUCCAGACAAGGCUUGAAUUAUCAUUCGUAUUGAAAAAAUAUCUAUCAUUGACCUCACACUCUGCACUUUCGUCCAAUUUGGUUAAUUGUUUGCUUUGUGGAAAGAACAUUUUGCAGUCAUUUAAACUGAGGGUCUGUGCAAUUAAGGAUCAUGUGAGUUCAUCUAAUUCGGUUAAAGGAUGCUGGUGGAUCCUUAUUGGAAUUAUAAUGUCCUGCAAGUUGUCUGGCUUCUAUUUACUAUGGAGGAGUCAAAAGCAGAAGCUAGUUUGGGGGCAUCCAGCUUCUCAACAAAAGCGGCUGCAACAUUCUGUGCAGGGUCCCUUAAAGAGUGCUGGGAGGUGGAGGAAAAAGUUGCUAAUUAUAUUUGUGUCACUUGGAAUAGUUGUGUCCGUUUGGUUAUUCUGGCACCUGAAUAUGAACAUUGUGCAGAGAAGAGAAGAAAUGCUUGCCAAUAUGUGUGAUGAGCGAGCCCGUAUGCUGCAAGAUCAGUUUAAUGUAAGCAUGAAUCAUGUUCAUGCUCUGGCUAUUCUUGUAUCUACCUUUCACCACGGAAAACAUCCUUCUGCAAUUGACCAGAAAAUUUUUGGGGAAUAUACAGAGAGUACAGCAUUUGAGAGACCACUUACUAGUGGUGUUGCUUAUGCUUUGAAAGUUCUCCAUUCUGAUAGGAUGCAUUUUGAGAAGCAGCACGGGUGGACAAUUAAGAAAAUGGAAACAGAGAAUGAGACACUAGUCCAAGAUUGUAUUCCAGAAAAUUUGGAUCCGGCACCCAUUCAAGAUGAAUAUGCUCCGGUGAUAUUCGCUCAAGAAACAGUUUCCCAUAUUGUAUCAAUUGACAUGAUGUCAGGGAAGGAGGAUCGUGAGAAUAUUUUGCGAGCAAGGGCAUCUGGAAAGGGGGUUCUGACAUCCCCUUUUAAAUUACUAAAGUCCAAUCACCUGGGUGUUGUACUUACAUUUGCUGUCUUUGAGACUAAUCUUCCUCCAGAUGCUACACCAGAGCAGCGUAUUGAAGCUACUGUGGGGUAUCUGGGUGCAUCUUAUGAUGUUCCAUCACUGGUAGACAAGCUUCUGCACCAACUUGCCAGCAAGCAAACCAUUGUUGUAAAUGUUUAUGACAUAACUAAUGCAUCUGCACCCAUCACAAUGUAUGGUACUGAUGUUGCUGAUACUGGCCUACUACGCAUAAGCAGCCUAGAUUUUGGGGAUCCGCUACGAAAACAUGAGAUGCACUGCAGGUUCAAGCAAAGGCCUCCAUUACCUUGGACGGCAAUCAAUGCAUCUGUUGGGGUACUUGUUAUUACUUUGCUUCUGGGUCAUAUUUUUUAUGCAGCAAUAAAUCGAAUAGCAAAAGUAGAGGAUGACUAUCGAAAAAUGAGAGAGCUGAAAGUUCGUGCUGAAGCUGCAGAUGUGGCAAAAUCUCAGUUUCUUGCGACAGUUUCACAUGAGAUCAGGACUCCAAUGAAUGGUGUUUUAGGUAUGCUGCAAAUGUUGAUGGACACUGACCUUGAUGAAAACCAGAUGGAUUUUGCCCAAACUGCCCAUAGGAGUGGUAAAGAUCUUAUAUCAGUCAUAAAUGAGGUUCUUGAUCAGGCAAAGAUCGAGGCAGGCAAGCUUGAACUUGAAGCUGUAGCUUUUGAUCCGCAUGCUAUUCUAGAUGAAGUUCUAUCACUUUUCUCUGGAAAAUCUUAUGAAAAAGGAAUUGAGUUGGCUGUUUAUGCAUCCAAUCAAGUACCCAAAGUUGUAACUGGCGAUCCUAAACGGUUCCGGCAAACAAUUACUAAUCUUGUUGGCAAUUCACUUAAGUUCACCCAUGAUAAAGGACAUGUAUUUGUCUCGGUUCAUCUGGCGAAUGAAGUGAAGAACCCACUUCAUAUUAUGGACGCAGUAUUGAGAGAAGGCUUAAACUUGGAUCAAGACAUGCCAGCCAGAACAUAUAAUACGUUAAGCGGGCUCCCUGUAGGCAACAGAUGGAAAAGCUGGGCAAACUUUAAAAAGUUUAGUAUAAAUUUGAUGGAUAAGCCUGAAAUUAUUCAACUACUAGUAACAGUUGAGGACACAGGUAUAGGAAUUCCUGCAGAUGCACAGAGCCGCAUAUUUACACCUUUUAUGCAGGCUGAUAGUUCCACUUCUCGAACAUAUGGGGGAACUGGAAUAGGACUGAGUAUUAGUAAAUGUCUAGUUGAGCUUAUGGGAGGAGAAAUUGGUUUUGUAAGUGAGCCUGGAAUUGGAAGUACUUUUUCAUUUACAGGAACUUUCAGAAAAGGAGAAACCACAUCUCUGGAUGCAAAGUGGCAGAAGCACAAUCUUUUUGUUCCACAGCUCCAAGGAUUGAGAGCAUUAGUGAUAGAUGGAAGUAAAAUCCGAGCUGAGGUCACAAGAUAUCAUCUGCAGAGGUUGGGGAUGUCUGUGGAUGUAACUUUCAGUCUGAAAUCUGCAUGCUCUUGUCUAUCUAGUACUUGCAACAUGAGUAUGUCAACACAGUUCGCCAUGAUUCUUAUAGACAAGGAUGCUUGGGAUAAGGAAAGUAGUAUCUUAUACACAAUCAAGAAUCAAAGACAGAAUGGCAUCAAAGGGGACCCAAUAAACUUUCCAAGGAUUUUUCUCCUGGCCACCCACCUUAGCCCCAAUGAACGUGAUGAACUCAAGUCCAUUGGAAUCAUAGAUGAUAUACUAAUGAAGCCUCUUUGGCUUACUGUUUUGAUUCGCUGCUGCAGAGAAUCCCUUGGAACUGAAAAAAGGCAAAUAAAUAGGAAGAAAGUAUCCAAACUUGGGAAUUUAUUAAUACACAAACAAAUUUUGGUGGUUGAUGAUAAUGCAGUGAACAGAAAAGUUGCAGAAGGUGUUCUGCAGAAAUAUGGGGCAAUAGUUACCUGUGUGGAGAGUGGCAGGGCUGCUCUAAAGAUGCUCAAACCACCACAUAAUUUUGAUGCUUGUUUCAUGGAUCUCCAAAUGCCAGAAAUGGAUGGUUUUGAAGUGACAAGGCAAAUCCGCCGUUUAGAGAGUGAGGUAAAUGAGAAAAUUGCAUGUGGGCAAGAAUCUGCUGAGACGUUUGGUAACAUCUCUCAUUGGCACACUCGAAUACUAGCAAUGACAGCUGAUGGAACUCAGGCUUCAAAUGAAGAGUGCAGGAAGAGUGGGAUGGAUGAUUAUGUGUCAAAGCCAUUUGAAGAAGAGCAGCUCUAUAUGGCAGUGGCACGAAUCUUCAAGUCUGGUUCAUAGUGUGGAAGCAUCAUGUUUAUAAUGUUUGAUUAUUAGUGCAGGUGUCAUGUUGACAAGUGUUGAAUGGCCUCUACGACGAAUGCCAAGUGUCAAUUUUCCACUAAAAGAGCCAGCAGAUGGAUUAAUUUUGGCUAAAUUAUGUCCAGAUAUUGUAGGAGUAGGACUCACCCCAGCUGAUGUGUUUCUAAACAAGACCGGCAUGUCAGCAUCAAAGCUAUCACUUCAGCACCAUGGAUCUCAGCUAUGGCCUUGUUUAGUUAUAGAAGCUGAUUUGAGUGCAAUAAAAUAUCAAUAGCUUUUUUUUUUUAAGGAAGGGGAGGAUGCUACUUGGACCAGUGUCAUCUAUGCUAAUUAUCACUCAUUGCAGGAGAAGGGGAGGUCAAGAAGGCACAAUUGCAUUUUUGUGUACAUAACCCGUUUUUUGUUCCUGCUUUCUAUUAUUUUUCUUUGUAUAUAUUCAUAUGGAGCAAGUAGGAUAAGAUAAAAUGUUAUAGUGAUGAGUAUUAAUUCAUUUUUUGGGCUAAGAUUGAAAGAAAUGACAAAUCUUGAACCCUCAAUGUUGAGAUAUAUAGUCCCACAUUGGUUGUAUGAGCAACUAAUGUGGAGUUUAUAAGACUUUGGGCACUCCCAUCCUUUACACAGGUAGGUUGGGCCUGUUGCAUUGUCCACUCUUCAAGCUCAAUGGGCUCUUGUGUGAGGGGACAUGUUGAGAUAUAUAGUCCUACAUUGGUUGUAUGAGCAACUAAUGUGAUCUUUAUAAGACUUUGGGCACUCACAUCUUUUGAGCUAGUUUUA